AUAUAUACCCUUAUGCUUGAUGGACAGCUUCAGCUAGCUCCUAUUGGUAAAAAUCUUCAGCGCGUGCUUGACCUUGGUACCGGGACCGGUAUCUGGGCGAUGGCUUUUGCAGAUGAUUAUCCGUCCGCAGAAGUGCUCGGGACCGAUCUGAGUCCUAUACAACCCAAAUGGACUCCGCCCAAUUGCUUCUUUGAAGUUGAUGAUUAUGAAGAAGACUGGGUAUAUCGCAAACCCCUCAUGGCCAGUUGGACAUAG